GUUCUCCCCUCCCCAAAUACUUUGCUGGGCGUGUGGUGGUUACUUUUCUUUUGGCUUGGGAAGGCUUAAGGAGAGCUGAUGGGAACCUUGCUCUAAUCUGCUGCUGGAGGGGUGCUAGGAAUUGUCUGCAAGUUGCUGUCUUUAGAAAGGAGUGAGGCAGGCUGGAUUUACAUCGAAAGAGGCCUGUUUGGAGGAAGAGGCAAAUCAAAAUCCAUAGGCGACUGUGACAAAAUGUGCCUUCUAAGGUUGCUGAGGAAAGGCCAGGUGUGGUAGGGAGGAAGGGUGACCCUCCAGAUCAAAAUUGAGGAAGGAUUUGAAGAGGGGUCUGCUGAGAAAAUCAGGCAGGCUAGUUGAAAGAGGUUAACUAAGACCCGGCAAGUGACAGGAAGCAUGUGAAAGGGGGUGGGCAGGAUGAAAUCCCAGGAGUUCAUAGAUUCAUCAUCCAAUUUGACACCCUGGAAACCUUUGGAUUAAAGGCUGGAAUAUACAUCUAAUCAAUAAUACUAACAAAUGUUGACCUAGUCCCUGCCCCAUGAACUGUUUUCUGUACUACAGUUCAGGCUUGGAAUGUGUGACAUCUGCAGGGCCCCUGAGUACGAACAGAGUGCCUUCUCUUUACUGCUGGGUAACCACAGCAUCUCUCCCACACACGUACGAGUAAGGAACAUGUCUUAUGGAUUAAUAGAUGAUGUUUCCAGGCCAUGGCAUAAGACAUAACGCCAGAUUAAAUUCUAAAUGAGAGGUGCUGGAAUUCAAGCCUGAGUUGAAGAUGGAUCAGUCUCUUCUAAUCCCAGUUUUGUGUGUGUAAUUUGUUGGAUGGGGUUACUUCCGUGGUGAAGGAAAAAUCAUCUGCAUGUGCUCGGAGUCCCUGGCAUCUUUGCUAUCACUUUACAUAUUUGGGGCCCCAAGGCUGGCUAGGGGGCUGGCUGCCUGCCUGGCGUCCCACCUCCAUGUCCCACCUCAAGAAUGUGGAAGCUCGGAUCCUGCAGUGUCUCCAGAACCGAUUUGUGGCCCGGUACAUCUCCCUCCCGAACCAGGCCAAGAUCUGGACCAUAUCAUUGUCUCCUGAACGGGCCCGGGGGCGCACCCCCCUGGUGAUGGUGCACGGCUUUGGCGGGGGCAUCGGGCUCUGGAUCCUGAACCUGGAUUCGUUGAGCCACCGGCGCCCUCUCUACGCCUUUGACCUCCUGGGCUUCGGCCGCAGCUCCCGCCCCCUAUUCCCCCAGGAUGCCCAGGGGGCCGAAGAGGAGUUUGUCAGCUCCAUUGAGGCCUGGCGUCGGGAGAUGGGCAUUCCCAGCAUGAUCCUGUUGGGCCACAGUCUUGGGGGUUUCCUGGCAGCCUCCUACAGCUUGCAGUACCCAGACAGGGUGAAACAUCUGAUUCUUGUGGACCCUUGGGGCUUCCCCACCCGGCCGACCGACCCGACUCAGAUCCGGACACCCCCGACCUGGAUCAAGGCUGUGGCCACGGUGCUGGGACGGUCCAACCCUCUGGCUGUGCUCCGAGCUGCUGGUCCCUGGGGUCCCGGGCUGGUGCAGCGCUUCCGUCCAGACUUCAAGCAGAAGUUUGCUGAUUUCUUUGACGACGAUACCAUCUCGGAAUACAUCUACCACUGCAAUGCCCAGACACCCAGUGGCGAGGCUGGGUUCAAGGCCAUGACGGAGGCGUUUGGUUGGGCGCGGCGGCCCAUGUUGGAGCGCAUCCACCUGGUGCGGCACGACUUGCCGAUCACGCUUAUCUACGGUGCCAAUUCCUGGAUAGAUACCAGCACCGGGGAGAAAGUCAAGCACAUGCGACCGGAGAGCUACGUCUGUGACAUGGCUAUUCCAGGUGCCUCCCACCACGUCUACGCUGACCAGCCCCACGCCUUUAACACUGCCGUGGAAGAGAUCUGCAACUCUGUUGACUGACUGCAUGUAAUCCGGGAGAGGAAAGAAGGCUGCUUUCUUCCAGCCCCUUAUCCGGCUCUGGGGACACGCAUAAGACAUGCACCCAUGUGCUUCAUGCCCCCCCCCCCCAAGAAGCAAGCACUCCAGCUCCUUGCAAAUUGGUCUUGGAGGACGUCUGGCUCCACCCCAACCCCCAGAUUUGCUCCUGAAUCUUCAUUCUACUUAAAGGCUGCAGGCCGCCUGCAUUGGGUUAAUCUAACCUCUAAUCAUUUUAUUUUCUCUUAAUUUCGUGUGCCUUGGUUUGCUUUAUGCUACCUCCGCCUCCAGUUCAUUCCUCUUUCUCUGUUGCAACUCUUGCCCUAUUGUCACCCCGCCCACACCCCUUUCUCCACUCUCCUUUGCUGUUGGUUCUUCUCAUCUAUUUUGUCCUUGUGACACCAUCCACAGCAUUUGCACGCCAGAUAGCUUUUUUUAAAAAAAUCUCAUUGCAAUAUGCUGACAUCACAGUAGUAACACUGGGAAAUAGUAUUGGCUUACACCGGCUGUCUCUCUGGGUAGGCAGUUUAAAUGCACCGUUCAUUGUCCUUCCUCACGGAGAUGCUAUUGCUGCUCCAGUUGGACACAAGGCUACUUGGUUUAUGAAGCUGGAGGGAAUGCAGUGGUCUCGUGGAUGCCAUCUUUAGUCUCACCUAAAUCAAGGAGAUAGCCAGGAUCUAGGGGAACUGGAAUGCAAGUCCCCGUCCCCACUUUCUCUGUUCUGUAACGAUACCUUCUUGAAUGUUCAUUGGCUGAGGGAGUGGGAUAUGUCAUGUCUGUUCACCAAUGGGAGAGCCGGAACAGGAUGUGCUUGGCAAGGGAGUCUGGGCCAUUCAUGGGCUGCUGGGUGAUCUUCCAGGAGGUCCGGCAUGAUGGCUCCCGAUGAGAACUCCAGAAGCAGGCCUAGAUCAGUACAACAUGCUGGGUUUGGGAAGCGGGGAUUGGACUGAAAGGAGAUACUUGACCUCCAGAUGCUUGACCUGGAAGAAUCAAGAAAGCAGUAUAGGCAGUAAUGGCUUAAGCAUGAUCUGCACACACACAUACCCUCAGUGCCAGGGGAGAAUCGGAGGUCACUACAAUCCUGGAGAUGAUCUAGUUUCCUUCUAAGGGAAGAAUUUCAUGACCGUAGCACCUUUGGAGCAUGGAGGGCAGGCUGAAAGUUGUGCAACAUCCUUUAUCGAACAAAGCCAGUAUUUGUUUGCUAUUUUUGUUUGCUGCCCAUAGCCCUCUGCUGCAACCAUUUCUGCAGCCUCAUGAUACUUAAGAGCCAGGCUCCCGCAAUAUCUGAACGGGCCUCCGGGGUGUGUGUGGGUGUCAUACCAUGUUUUAAGCAAGCUCGAGAAUCUAAGUAUAACUGCACAGCCGUUCCAUUCAUGCCCACCUUUGAAAUGCAGCCAGCAGUUCAGUAGCCAUCAAAAUGUGCUAGAGGAGGAGAGAAUGCGAGACGGGGGCUGCUUGUUUUUCACUGCGCAAGAGUUUUGAAAGCCUCCUGCUCUGCGCUCUCGCUGGCCCCACCUAGUGGUGGCAGACAGGCAAUGAAGGCCCCUCUGUUGUGGCAGGUUUGUGGCUGGGCUUGUGUAACCCACACUGUGUGUCCGUGCAGUCAAACCUAUUCCUCUCUCUCAUGUACAUAAAGCACUGACCAUAUUAACUACCAUCUUGGUGGAAGGGAAAGAUACAUAUUUUGCUUGAUUUCCUUUUAAAAGUUUUGCUAACUUUAGAUGUUUUCAGGUUUCUUUAAUUCCUGCUCCCUGGCCAUAUGAGGAGUUGGCUGAUGGGGUGGGAGAUGCACUUAAUAGAAGGUCAAAAAGGAAGAAGAAGAUGAUGAUCUACCCUAUCUCUUCAGAUCUACUUGGCACUGUGGCCUACUGUUCACACAUACGCGUGUGUAACCUCUGUGGUGCCAUAUUAACACCCUCUCUAACGCUGUCUGUGGGAGAUUGUUCUUAACUUCCCUGGCAGUGCUUUGUAUAGAAUUCACCUUGGUUUGUACUAAAUUUUAUAUGUUUAAUAAAGUAAAUGAUUAUUGUUUUAAAAGAAA